CUGCCUUCCCGAGGCAGUUGCUGAAAUGCUCCAGGGAAGACUGAGUACCUGUUCCUCGGUCGCUCUGAGAAGCUCAGUUACGGAGAGGAAACUGGGGAAAAGGAUUCAAAGAAUUGGAGGUUUCUCGGAAGAAUCAUGAGAACACCUGGAUUGUAACUUACGCGAGAGACAAGUUGAGGAGCAGGUUUUGCUGCAUCCUGCAAGUCCUUCGCUAAGGUGAAAAAAGUAAGGAGUUAUCUUACUAAGGGCCAACAGGGAGGAGCUGCCCAUCUUAACGCUGACUGCAACAAUGUUGUCUACCCGGCUUACCCAACCCUUCUUCGGUUUAUCUGGGAAAACUCUGAGUUUCAAGAACGUGCAAAAUGGUGUGAGGCCCCUGCAACGAUUUGACUCUCCCUCCUUUACCCCAGAUGGCCGACGAUCCUACACCAGCAACGUGGACCAGAUUGGCAGCAAAGCCGUGCUCGUCACUGGCUGCGAUUCAGGAUUCGGCUUCUCCUUAGCCAAGCACCUGCAUUCGAAAGGCUUCAUUGUGUUUGCCGGCUGCUUACUCAAGGAUAAAGGAGAUGCUGGGGUGCGAGAAUUGGACAGCAUGAAGAGCGAGCGUCUGAGGACCAUCCAGCUGAACGUUUGCAGUCAGGAAGAAGUGCAGAAAGCCACGGAGUUGGUCAGGGCUAAUCUGAAGGACCCCGAAAAGGGGCUGUGGGGCCUGGUGAACAACGCGGGCAUCUCCACCUUUGGGGAGGUCGAAUUCACCAGCAUGGAGACCUACAAGGAGGUGGCUGAAGUGAACCUGUGGGGAACGGUUCGCACGACCAAAGCUUUCCUCCCCCUUAUCCGAAGGGCCAGAGGCCGCGUGGUGAACAUCAGCAGCAUGCUGGGCCGCAUGGCCAGUCCCGCCCGCUCCCCGUACUGCAUCACCAAAUUCGGGGUGGAGGCCUUCUCGGACUGCCUGCGCUACGAGAUGCUCCCGCUGGGCGUGAAGGUCAGCGUGGUGGAGCCGGGGAACUUCAUUGCCGCCACCAGCCUCUACAGCCCCGAGCGCAUCCAGGCCAUCGCCGAGAAGAUGUGGGACAACCUCCCCGAGGUGGUGAGGGAGGACUACGGCCGCAAAUACUUCGACGACAAGAUCGCCAGGAUGGAGACCUACUGCAACAGCGGCUCCACGGACACGUCGCCCGUCAUCGAGGCCAUCGCCCACGCCCUGGCCUCCCCCUCGCCCUACACCCGUUACCACCCCAUGGACUAUUAUUGGUGGCUGCGAAUGCAGGUCAUGACCCACAUGCCCGGAGCCAUCUCCGACCGGUUAUAUAUCCACUGAGCCACCCCGGGACCUGUUGCCGGGAUCUGGGGGAGGGAGGGUGGAAGGAGCGAGGGGAGGAGCGCGGCCCCGGGGUCGCUUCUGCAGGGGGAGGCGGACUUAAUUCCGUGACCCGGUGAUUCGAGCUUUCGUUUACGUUUCGUUGAUGUGCUUCUUGCCGUUUGUGUGGAUAGUUCAAGCUUAAGAAAUGUGCUUGUGCAGGAAUUAUCGGGGUGUUGCCGGCGGAUGGACUUUUGAGGGCCGGAAUCACCCCAUAACUGAAAAGUUGGGCCCCCAGGCCGAUCGGUACCCCGACAUCACUUGCACCGUAGAGAUUCUCACCUAGAGCGUUUAACCGGUGGAGUUUUCAGGGCCGAGUCCCGUCGAUGUCAGCCCUGGUCUCGCCAUUUGGAGUUUUUCUGGGUUUGUCUCGCUCUAUAAUCCUCCUUGACGUUAUUCCCAGGCAGGAUUUUUCUGUUGUUUUCAGCCCCCAGAUGGAACGGUGGGCCUCGGCAUCCCUUUGGGAAUGAUCCGUGUUCUCCAGGUCAAAGAGCAGGCUCGGUGUGUCUUGCGACCCUUCCCAUCCCGCCCCGCGGUCAGUCGGUCCAGCACCGCUCGCUGCUCCAGAAGGGUGUUCUUCACCACCCUGGGGAGAAGGGGUCCAAACAAGGGUCUCUGACGAGGUCACAGCUAGGGGAGGGAUGGAUGUGUUAAGCGCUUACUAUGUGCUGAGCAUGAUACUGAGCACAGGGGAAGAUACAAGGUAGGUCAGACACAGCCCC